AUGACGCACGAUUCGCAAAAAGAGAACGGCUGCCCAGGAAUUACCGUGCACGACGACGGUUACGUCGAAACGUCCGUGAUGUACCCAGGAAAUCCUUACGUCACCAAGAGAUGGUCCGAAUGUUCGCAGAACAAUAUCAAGUCGUUUCUGCAAGCUGGAAUGGGGACCUGCCUCGAAGACGAAGCUCAAGACCAUCAAUUUGUCGGAAGUGAAAUGCUGCCCGGAGUUAUGUACAAUGGCGAUGACCAGUGUCGGCUCACGUAUCGCCAGGACGUACGACAAUGCGAUUUAGGAAUCACCUGCGACGAUCUGAAAUGCUCCGUUCCCGGAAGAGGAUGCCUGUCGCAAAGAUCACCCCCCGCAGAAGGGACGCCUUGUGGCGAGAAAAAAUGGUGCUACGAGAUGAAGUGUCUCAUGGUUGGGGAGCGUCCCGGUGCCGUUGACGCCGGUUGGAGUACCUGGUCACCCUGGAGUCGGUGUUCUCGAACCUGUGGCUCAGGGGUUGCGUCUUCUGAAAGAAAAUGCAAUAAUCCUCGACCGUCCAAAGGAGGAGAGUCUUGUCAGGGCGUGAAAAAACGGCACAAAAUUUGUGCCACCGAACCCUGCGAGAUUGGAGCGCCGUCAUUCCGCGAUGUGCAAUGCGCGGAGUUUAACGACUGGGUAUUUCCUGAGGAUGGUAAAAUUCAUCAGUGGGUCGGAUACAAUCUGCCCGAAAAUUUGAGAGCAUCCGAAAAUCCCUGCGUCCUCUUUUGUCUGAGUGAAACAAAGCUGCUGACAUCCAUGAAGCCCAAGGUUGUGGAUGGCACUACUUGCUACAAAGGUAUACGCGACGUCUGUAUCGGCGGAGUCUGCAAAGAAAUACCCUGCGAUUUGGACAUGGAAUCCAACGCGGUCGAAGACAUGUGUGGCGUUUGCAAAGGAGACAGUACAUCGUGUACAUUGAAAGAAGGAACUCAAUUUAUCGCCGAACAACCGCGUCUCAAGAAACUGCUCGACGUCCCUAUCGGCGCGAAAAAUAUUCGCGUGGAAGAAGCUGAACCCACAAAAUCCAGGAUAGUAGUUAGAAGUAAAUCCUCAAAAAACGUUCUAAUCGAUGGCAAUCGACUUGGAAUGUUCGAUGUACCGGGUUCCAAGGCUUGGCUCGGUAUGAUCAGAGCGAAGCAGGAGGCACUCAACAUUCCCGGUCCCGUGGCCGAUGAUUUGGUGAUUUUGAUCUAUCCCAAAGAAAAUGUAACGCUCAAGUAUUCGUUGGGUGUCAAAGAAGAUGCGCCUCGGAAGCCAGAGUUCAGUUGGGACUACAUCGAAUGGUCUCACUGCGAUGCUCUUUGCGGACCGGGUGAAGAAAUUUCGGUUCCUCGGUGCAUAGAAAAAAUCGGAGGAGAGGUAGACGACAGUUUUUGCAAGAAAUUACCCAGGCCAACGGAAAAAACUAGACCGUGUAAUCAGGCACAGUGCGUUCCAAGAUGGAUGAUCGGCGAUUGGCAAGGGUGCGAUCCUUGCACUCCUGGUUGUAAAAAACAGCGUGCCGUCAAAUGCAUCAGACCAGUUGGACACGGCGAACAAGAAGCUGAUAUCAUUUCCGAAAGUUACUGUCAGGGUCCGAAGCCGAAGGAAUCGCAGCAGUGCAACGUUCGCGAACGUCGGAGUAACGGCCAUCUUACUAAUUAUGCUAAUUUCGAGCUUUUGAAUGAUAACCCAGACGAAGCGUAUGACGAUGGCAAUAAUUCAGAGGGUGAAGAUCUCGCGGAUGUGGAGCGUCAAGGAUCAUCCGAAAAAGAUGUUCAUCCAUCGCUCGUCAUCAAGAGAACGGACAAAGAAGAAAAUACCACCGAAACGACUGCGAGCCCGGUUAAAAUCAGGAAAGGCCCCGUGGUAUUCGAUAAAGAGGACAUAAAAAAUCUCACCCUGACAAUCAUUCUCGAACGAGACGAGAAAAAUAACGUAGUCAAUUUUCCGAAAGAUUUUACUCCUCAACCCCCCGCGAAUUGCACAGAUUUCACCCUCGCUGGAAUGGAUGCGAUAAAAUACAUUCAACGUAUACAGGCCGAAGGACACGCCUCCAGUGAUCAGCCACCACCGUGAU